AUGAUGAGUACGUAUCAGCCUGUUAAAUCAGCAGCUCCACGCAUCCAGCUCGCGUCGAUACCUCAAUUGGCCGAGGCGAGAAGCAAAGCAGAUGACUGGACUGGCACCAAGGAUCCCGCAGCACGCAGACGGGCACAGACUAGACUCAACACGAGAGCAUACCGAAAGCGAAAAGCCCUAGCAAGGAAAGCGGAAGCAUGCAGUGCCGCAACUAGCACAUCCGAAGCGAUGGUAGAAUGCUGGGACAUUGAGCAGCAAUCCGUCUCCAUCGUCCCAGCAUCCCGUAUCAAGCAACUAUACAACGCGAGAAAACCUCUGCUGCCGCCAAACAGAUCUAGCAAAAAGCAAGUAAACGUUGUCUUCCCCCUCUGCCCAGACCACCUCAUCACACUCCUCCAAUUCAAUGCCCUCCGCGCCCUGGCUGUCAACCGCACUCUAAUCUCCGGCAUCCUCGUUACGCCGCUCGACUGUUCUGAGGAAAUUGUCCACAUCAUCCCUUACCCUACCAAGCCCGAAGUACUCCCUUCAACACUCCUGCCCACCACCCUUCAACAAACGGUGCCUCACAGCGACUGGAUCGACCUGUUCCCCUGUCCCGAGGGCCGAGACCGCCUGAUCCAGGCCGUGGGUACCUUCGACGAGGAUGAGUUGUGGGCCGACUGCAUCGGCGGGCUGUACGAUGGCUUUCCCGACGACGAGAUCAAGCGACGCGGCAUUAUUGCGUGGUCGCCGCCCUGGGACAUCACGGGGUGGGAGAUGUCGGAAGGGUUUCUGAGGAAAUGGGGGUGGUUGUUUGAAGGGUUGCCAGGGGCGUUAGAGGCGACAAAUCGGUGGCGGAGGGAGAGAGGCGAGGAGCCGCUUGUUUAUGAUGAUUGUACGUUACCUGCAACUUUGUGA